CCCCUUCCUUCCUCUCGUUCCCCUUCGCUUUGCCCUCGUGCGACCCAACCAAUCAGGCGGCGCUAAUCCUCGCCGCCGCCGCCGCCGCCUGCCAUGGCCGCCCGCCGCGGCCCGCACGUAAUCAAGCUGCACGACUCCGCCCCGGCGCUGCUCGGCCGCGCGCCGAUGCCGCCGCCGCCUGGCCCCCGAGACGAGCUCCCGCCGCCGUCGGCCGUGCUGGUCCACCACCCACGAGGGGGGCUCGCGCCCCACCCCGCCGUCGCGGCGCUCGAGGACCGGCUCGCCGUCCGCGACCGCGACAUCCAGGAGCUCCUCGUCGACAACCAGCGGUUCGCGGCCACCCACGUCGCGCUCCAGCAGCAGCUCAUCGCGGCCCAGCACGAGCUCCGGGUGGUGUCCAUCGCCGCCACGAGGGCGCGUGCCGAGCGCGAGGAUGAGGUCCGCGCCCUUGCGGAGCAGGCCGCGCGCAUAGAGGCCGAGGCUCGGGCCGCCGUCGCCGCGCGCGCGGAGGUCGACCAGGUCCACGCGGACGUUCAGGUGCUCGCCGGCGCGCGCACUGAACUCGUGGACCGGUUGCAGGACCUCCGCGGGCAGCUCGCGCGCUUCCAGGCCGAGGCGGGUAAGACUGAGUCCGUCCGUGCCCAGGUUGAAACCAUGCGCCGGGAGAUCCAGAAGGGCAGGGCUGCGGUUGAAUUUGAAAAGAAGGCACAUGCUGAUAACCUUGAACAAAGUAAAGCAAUGGAGAAAAAUAUGAUUGCUGUAGCCAGUGAGAUUGAGAAGCUAAGAGGAGAUCUUGCAAAUGCUGAAAAGCGGGCCACUGCUGUCACCGCAACAGCACCUGUAGCUAAUCCUGGGUUCCCUACAACAUAUGGCAAUUCUGAGGCAACAUAUCCAGCACCUGCAGCAUAUGGUAACUCUGAGACAACAUAUGCACCAACGUAUGGUAAUACUGAGGCAGCAUAUGCAUCAACAUAUGGAAGUUCUGAGGCAGCAUAUGCAGCAGCAUAUGGAAAUUCUGAUGCUUAUAGCACUAAUCAGGCUCAUACCCGCACCGAUGGCAAUCCUCAUUACAUGGCUCCACCUGUUCAUUAUGCGCAGUAUGACAGCCAGCACACCAAUGUGCAAAGAUGAAUGAUGAGUCAGGGUAGCUUUGACCUUGGGUGUAAUCCUGGCAUUUGUCAAUGUAGUUGCUGGGUUCACCAAAUUUAAGGUUAUCUGCAGGAAUUCAUUCCAUGGAAGUGAUGGAUACACUGUUUUUCCCCUAUCUUUUCAUUAACCAGUUCCGGAAUGCUCGAGCCAGUUGCCUGAAGUCAAAAUCUUUCUGCAAAUUGUCGAUGUAUCACCCUGAUGAACCAUGGAUUAGUGAGACCGCAGCUCAGUCUUUUUAGUCAGGGAUUGUGAUUAUUCGCAAAUGUAGUGCUGCAGCAUUUUCCUUUGUAAAUAUAUAGUGGAUAAUGGUCCAAUGGUAACAAGCCGUUCUCAUGCAUGAUGCGUUACAUUUUGUUUGCCUAUGAAAUAUGCAAACCUGUUCAUGCUCUGAA